CGGUCGGCGCGAGCCUCAGCAGCAGUUUGAACAGGAAGGCGGACAUGUUGCUCAGGCACUGGGAGAAUUUAUUAUUUUUGAAACAAACAACGUCGAUCAAAGUCUGAUUUAUCGAUGUUACUGCACCUCACUGGAUUAAAUCUACUUCUUAGUGACGUCUGAAACUUGAGAUUUAUCCGCAGUGGAGACUUUUUUUUUUUUUUAAAUGAAAACGGGAUAUUUUUUUUUAAAGUGUUUGAAAUUCUGAAGGCGAAGUUUUUUUUUUCUGUUUUUUUUUUCCGCCGCUUCUUUGCAGCUGUCAGAGUGAUAUGGAUUCAGGCCUGGGAUCAUCACAACUUUAUAACUUUCCAUACUAUUUUUAUUAACUUCUCAAUCACCUAUCUGACUCUAUAUGUCAUUUUUAAAAAGAAAAGUAUAUAUAAAUAUAUAUAUGUGUGUAUUUGGGCGCUAAUUUAAGCCAGCAGCAGCAGGAGCAGCAGCAGCAGCAACAAUCAGUUACUGGAAGUUUUUUGUUUUCUUUUCCAACUUGCCAUGGACUAAUCAGGAUAAAAACGACCUAACUUUCAUUUUUAGACUCUUCUUGUUGUGUAAAGAUGCGGAUUUCUGUCGUGUUUGGCUCCUUUCCGCGCAGUGACGAGACUGAAAAGCUGAAAAGGCAGAAGAAUCCGCUCCUCUGAUCAAACUCGCACUCAAAAGGAAGUGAGCUAGCUGGGAGCUAGCAGGCUAAACUCAUUAGCUGGCUAGUCGCAAGGAUUAAAACACCAACUAUAUAUAUUUUAAUUUAUCGUGGGAUUGAACUUUAAUAUCAAGAGAUUAAAAAAUGUCUGCUGGGGAGAGUUUAUCGGCUCGUUUUGAGAAAAUCGACUGCAUGCUGAAGGAUCCCAAGUCAGAGAUCAACACCGACUGCCUGCUGGACGGUUUGGAUGCUCUGGUCUACGACCUCGAUUUUCCCGCCCUGAGGAAGAACAAGAGCAUCGACAACUUCUUAAGCAGAUAUAAGGACACGAUCAGUAAGAUCCGGGAUCUGCGGAUGAAGGCUGAUGACUACGAGGUGGUGAAGGUGAUCGGGAGAGGAGCGUUUGGAGAAGUGCAGCUCGUGAGACACAAGGCCAGCAGUAAGGUGUACGCUAUGAAGCUUCUCAGUAAGUUUGAGAUGAUAAAGCGCUCGGACUCGGCGUUCUUCUGGGAGGAGAGAGACAUCAUGGCCUUCGCUAACAGCAACUGGGUCGUACAGCUGUUCUACGCCUUCCAGGACGACCGCUAUCUCUACAUGGUGAUGGAGUACAUGCCUGGAGGAGACCUGGUCAAUCUGAUGAGCAAUUACGACGUGCCCGAGAAGUGGGCUCGCUUUUACACCGCCGAGGUGGUGCUGGCGCUCGACGGCAUCCACGCCAUGGGCUUCAUCCACAGGGACGUGAAACCUGACAACAUGUUGCUGGACAAAACGGGCCACUUGAAGCUGGCGGAUUUUGGCACUUGCAUGAAAAUGAACAAGGACGGCAUGGUACGAUGUGACACAGCGGUGGGAACUCCAGACUACAUUUCUCCAGAGGUACUAAAGUCUCAGGGCGGAGACGGCUACUACGGCCGAGAGUGUGACUGGUGGUCUGUGGGAGUUUUCCUCUACGAGAUGCUCGUCGGGGACACGCCGUUUUACGCCGACUCUCUGGUGGGAACCUACAGCAAGAUCAUGAACCAUAAAAACGCUCUGACGUUCCCUGAAGACAGCGACAUCUCUAAAGACGCCAAGAGCCUCAUCUGCGCCUUCCUCACCGACAGGGAAGUACGGUUAGGACGUAACGGAGUCGACGAGAUCAAGCGGCAUGCUUUCUUCAAGAACGACCAGUGGACCUGGGAGAACAUCCGCGAGACGGCCGCCCCGGUGGUGCCGGAGCUGAGCAGCGACAUCGAUACGAGUAAUUUUGACGAUAUAGAAGAGGACCGGGGAGAGGAGGAGACCUUUCCCAUCCCAAAAGCCUUCGUUGGGAAUCAGCUCCCGUUUGUGGGCUUCACCUACUACAGCGGUCACCAGUUUUCUCGAGGAUCGAGCACAAAAACCAGCAACAAGCAUGACAGCGCUACUAAAGAGGACAAGAGCCAGUUGGAGAAUCUGUUGAAGAAAAUCCACCAGCUGGAGGAGCAGCUUCAUGGAGAGAUGCAGCUCAAGGACGAGAUAGAGCAGAAGUGCAGGGCCUCCAACACCAAACUAGACAAGAUCAUGAAAGAGCUGGAUGAAGAGUGUAACGCAAGGAAAAGUGCAGAGUCCAGUGUCUCCCUGCUGGAGAAGGACAAGCUGAUGCUGCAGCACAGAACCACGGAGUACCAGAGGAAAGCAGAUCAGGAGGGAGAGAAGAGACGCAACCUGGAGAACGAGGUUUCCACUCUGAAAGAGCAGCUGGAGAACAUGAGGAAGCUCAGCCAGAACACACAGGCUUCCAGUGAGAAGAUCGCCCAGCUGCAGCACCAGCUCGAAGAGGCCAACGACCUGCUGCGGGCUGAGUCGGACACGGCGGCACGGCUGAGGAAGAGUCAGACGGAGAUGGCGAAGGCCAUGAGUCAGCUGGAGUCACAGAAUGGAGAGCUGCAGGAGAAGAGCCGAGCGGCCGACGACGCCAGGAGACAGCUAGAGAGAGAACUGCUGCAGCUGCAGAAUACGCUGGACACGGAGAGACGGACCUGCAGCCAGGGAUCUGAGGAGAUCCGCCAGCUCCAGGCUCGCAUUACGGGGCUUCAGGAGGACAACAAGAACCUGAAGCAGAGCAUGUCCAAGGUGGAGACAGAGAGAAAGCAGACACAGGAGAGAAACAACGUUUUGGAGAAGGAGAGGAACAGUAUGGAAAUUGAUCUGAACUAUAAGCUGAAGAUCCUGCAGCAGCGUUUGGAUCAGGAGAUAACGGAGCACAGAGUCACACGAGCUCAGCUCACCGAUAAAUACGAGUCCAUCGAGGAGGCCAAAUCUGCUGCCAUGCAUGCGGUGGAGCAGAAGGUGUCCGAGGAGAGCCUGCUGCGCCUGCGGGCUGAGAGUCGGGUGGUGGAAGUGGAGAAGCAGUGCUCCAUGCUGGAGUUCGACCUCAAGCAGUCCAUCCAGAAGAUGGAGCAGCUCAUGAAGCAGAAGGACAGGCUGGAGGACGAGGUGAAGUCUCUGCAUGUUCAGCUGGAGCAGGAAAGCGGGAAGCGAGCGAUGGCUCAGAGCGAGCUGAAGAACUGGAGCGGCGAAGCUGAAAGACUGAGAGGAACGGAGAAGCAGCUGAAGCAGGAGAUCAACGCGGCUCUGGAGACCAAACGCUCGCUCGAGUUCCAGCUCGCGCAGCUCAGCAAGCAGUACAGAGGGAACGAGGGUCAGAUGAGGGAACUGCAGGACCAGCUGGAGGCUGAGCAGUACUUCUCUACGCUGUACAAGACUCAGGUGAAGGAGCUGAAGGAGGAACUGGAGGAGAGGAACCGAAUAGUGCAGGAGACGCAGAGGAAGGUGCAGGAGAUGAACAGCGAAAAGGAAUCUCUGGUGGCUCAGUUGGACCUGACGGUGACGAAGGCCGAGUCGGAGCAGCUGGCGAGAGCGUUACAGGAGGAGCAGUACUUCGAACUGAGCCAGGAGAGCAAGAAGAGUUUAGCACGACACAGACAGGAGCUGAUCGAGAGGGAAUCGACUAUAGCACGGCUUGAGGAAUCCAACAAAACUCUGACCAAAGACGUGGAGAACCUCAGCAGGGAGAAAGCCGAGCUAGACGAGAAGCUCCAGUCUCAGGAGGAAAUGUUUGUGGCCACGAAAGAAGAAAUUUCAAAUACCAUCAAGGCCAACUACGAGAAGAUCCUCAACCAGGAACGAACACUUAAGACGCAGGCGGUGAAUAAACUGGCCGAGAUCAUGAACCGUAAGGACAUGAAGCUGGACCAGAAGAAGCGCGGCAGCACCGCGGACCUGCGCAAGAAGGAGAAGGAGAACCGCAAACUGCAGCUGGAGCUCAACCAGGAGAAGGAGAAGUUCAACCACAUGGCCAUCAAGUACCAGAAGGAGCUCAGCGAGAUGCAGGCGCAACUGGUGGAGGAGAGCACGUACCGUAACGAGCUGCAGAUGCAGCUGGACAGUAAAGAAAGCGACAUCGAGCAGCUCCGAGAGAAACUGAACGACCUGCAGCUGCGCAUGGAGAACACGAGUGUGACGAGUCUACAGACGGACGACGUCGACAGCAACACUGCGGAAUCGAGAUUGGAAGGCUGGCUCUCCAUCCCGAACAGAGCCAAUAUCAAGCGAUACGGCUGGAAGAAACAGUAUGUUGUGGUGAGCAGUAAGAAGAUCCUGUUCUAUAACGACGAACUGGAUAAAGAGCAGUCCAAUCCCUCCAUGGUGCUUGACAUUGACAAACUCUUCCAUGUGCGUCCGGUAACUCAAGGCGAUGUUUACCGUGCCGAGUCAGAUGAAAUUCCCAGAAUAUUCCAGAUUCUGUACGCCAAUGAGGGCGAAUGCCGGAAGGACGUGGAUAUGGAGGCCAUUCCUCAAGGAGAGAAAGCUAACUGCCUGGCUCACAAAGGGCACGAGUUUAUCCCUACACUCUACCACUUCCCCUCAAACUGCGAGGCCUGUGCCAAGCCGCUGUGGCAUGUCUUCAAACCACCGCCUGCACUAGAAUGCCGCCGAUGCCACGUCAAGUGCCACAAAGACCACCUGGACAGGAAGGAGGACGUCAUCGCGCCAUGCAAAGUGAACUAUGACGUGACGACAGCACGUGACAUGCUCCUGCUAGCCCUCACCCAAGACGAGCAGAAGAAAUGGAUUGGCCAUCUUGGCAAGAAGAUUCCCAAAACACCUCCAUCUAGUUUCUCUCGAGCGUCCCCUCGCACCAUGAGCACUCGCUCGGUAGCUAAUCAAUCGUUCCGCAAGAACCCUAAAAACAUCUCCGGAAAGUCCAGCUAACCACCUGAAUCUUCUCUCUGAAACAUUGGGACUCCUCAAUUGGGACUUUAUACAUCAUCUAUUAAUAAAUAAAAACCUUAAACAAAAGCAUUUAAAGAUAAAUAAUGGAAUUUAACCCUAAAUCACCGUUUCACACACGGACGGAGAAGCCGGUGGGAAAAUGCUCCUCCUGUCCUCUAUGCGUUUUACACAGCUCGUGAUGGGACCACGUGUUGCUCUGAAGGGAACUUUGAUGGGAUUCGUAAUAAAUGGUUCUUCACUCUUGGGAAAAAGUCGACUCUAAAAUUGGCGACUGCAAUGUUCGAAACCUCGGCCUGAUGGACUCUCUCAGCCUUACCGUUCCUGGCGGGCAAUAAAUUAACAUGGGGCAAUAAUCAAGACGGAGUACUGGGUACUGAGUAUUAGUCUUUUUUUUUUUUUUUUUUUUUUUUUUGAGGAGCAUGAAAGAUCAUUACAAAUCUAUGCAUAUUGUUAUUAUUUUAGUUGCUGUUGAGUCCUUCAAGCCACAGGAAUUCCAUCGGUUUGGCUGAAGGAGCGCUUAAAUUUCGUUGACUUUUUUUUUGUUGUUGUUGUUGUUGUUCAUUUGGGUACAUUAUUUCUGAAAUGUUUUCUCUGUAAUGUUUUAUAAAUUUUUUUUUUUUUUUUUUUUUGGUAAUGUAUUGCCUUACUUUUGAUUCCUAGAUGAAUGGUUGAAAAAGAAAAAAGGAAAAAAAAGAGAAACAUUAAGUUAACAAAUGUAAAACUGCACUGUUUGAAUUGUAAGUUAUUUGUAGAAGACUAAAACAGGGGUAGCAUUCAGCCCACCUAGUGCCUUACCGACUUUUGAGACCGAUUUUUACUGCCAUAUCUGUUUGUGUUCCUCAUCAACAUGUUAAAUCCUAACUAUUGUUCUUUUUAAGAAAAAAAAAAAAAGUAAGAUGUGUAUAUCAUCCACCUUAUGGUUUUAUCAGGGCGGUCCGUCGCACACUGAAUGCGUUGUUCACUAGAAUCUCCAGGUAUAGCGUUUUGUGAUUGAGACGGUGCUCUCGGACGCGGGGAGUAGAUUUGUGCCGAUAUUAAUCUUUUAUUAAGCAUUCCUGGAACGUUCGUUCUGCCUUCAGAUUGGUCCAAACCACGAAGAUGGCUGUCGGAAAAGAAAACAUAGCUAGCAAUUAGCAUGAUUCAUAAUUUUGGGAUAUUAGAGCAUUUAUAUUCAGUCACUCUGAACGUCUACUUCGAGGAUUCCAGGUAUAUUGAUGACUUGAAAGCCUCCAUGCUAACAAUAUUGUGCGUGUUAAACAUAUAUAUAAAUAUAUAUCAUAUAACCGAUUACCGGCACAUUCCUACUUCAGAGAUGUACGCUAGAAAUAAGAGUGCUAACGAUGGAUUGUUUCGUCCUCUCCUUGUUACAGAGGCUAAAAUUAGAAACGAUGGCCUUUAUAAGAAUUUAAAGAAUCAAUAACAGAUCCCCGAUCAGCUGAUUCUCAGUCCCAGUCUCGCCGGUUGCUUCAGCUCAUCGAGAACGACUGAUAUCCUUGAGUUUACAGAGGCGGAGCUUAAAAAAAGAAAAAACAGUUAAUCGUACAAAUCAUGUGACAUCACCACUAUUUUUUUUAGAAAAGCAGCUGAAUGGAAUAAAAUGCUAGUUUUAAUUACACUGUAUAAAAGCUAAGCUAGUUAGCUACCUAAACACUUCAUUGAGCUAAUGUUUAACUAGUUAGCUAACGUUGAUGUUGCCCUAAGCGUUCUGCUAUUACAUAGCUAGCCAAGUGAAACACUGAGCUAGCUAAAUUUAGACUAUUAUAUUAAUACUACGUCAUUAGUACGAGUAGCUCAGUGUAAUUAAAACCAGCAAAGCAAUACGUCGAGCCACAGAGGAGAAGAGUGUUCGUGAUGUCAUACGAUCAGGUUUCUGAUUGGUUGAUCAAAUCUAACUCCGCACUUCGUAAGCUCGGGACUCCUUUUAUUCAGCGUUAAUCUCGGUGAGGAACCGGAAGAGAGAUCUCGUUCACUGCGUACGAUUUCCGUCGUAUCGGUCAUAUCUGUUGUUGUAUCAAGUUGUAACCCCUCCCCCCGCUUUUCCCGGACAAAGUCUCGCUUCUUUUUUUUCGCCUGUCGACAAGCGAGACAGAGAUCAUGAAUACCUCCUCAGUUAUUCGCUACGGUUUUUAGGUUAUGUGUUCAGUUAAAUGAAGCACUGGAAAUAUGGUGGCUAUCUACUUGGUUGAUCUGCAUGUUUAAUUAGGUUUGGAGGCCGCACUGAUGGAUGUGUGUCAAUAAACAUUAUCUUUAUCACCUA